AGCUUGAGUGGACUGGUUCUGAUCUGAACUGGGUUUAUGGAUUGUAGAAGUACGAUUAUUGUUACUCAUGGCAAUUACAGAUUAUUGAGCUGAGCUUCAUUGAUUUCAGCUAAAUAAAGAUGGAGGGAAACCGUUCUCGGUUCCGUCCUGGGGAACUGAACCGAAACCAGAACCACCCCAAACCCUGGACGCAUAAGCAGGUGGAGGAAUAGUUCUGGUCUCAUUAGCAACCGAUUAAUAUUCUUUCAAGGUGUGUUACGCGAAUUAUCCAGGAGAUGGCGGCAGAGCAAUUAUUUGGAUGCAAAUCAAACCGCAAAGAAGAAGUUCCGAAUGGAGUUUCCAGCCGGACACAGUUUCUGUAGCACCGCCUCAGCUCCCAGGAACGAACCACGGCGUUUAAACUUGAGAUUGGACCUAACUCUGGCCGUCUGGAACCGGCGGAAUGCAGGCGGAGUUCCGGCCUCCUCGGAGGAGGAACCGGGUUUAUGAGGACUACAAGGCUCCGCUGCCGCUGAUCCGGAACCAGCAGGACAGGAAGCAUUACCGGGGGGAGCUGGUCCACCAGCAGGUUCUGGUCUGCCAUCCGGACCACAUCCAGAGCAUCUACAGCCAGGGAUACUUUGGGAAAGGGGUUCUGUCCAGAGCCCGACCGGAACACAGCAUUUCCGACCAAUGGGAGCAACACAAAGGUGUGCUUCUACCUGUCAUCUCUCAGUCCAGGUAUGAAGAGCUGCUCAGGUGGGCAGAGGCGGAGCUUUCUUCUCAGCAAUUGGAUGAAGAGGCGGCCAAUCAGACGCUGCUGGCUCUGACUGAGACUGUGGAGGAGGAAGAAGAGGCAAAUGGAGCAGUAGAAGAAGAGCCAAGGGGCGGACCCUGUGUCCAAAUGAAGAGGCUAGGGGCGGAGUCAGAGCCAGAGGAGAGAAACUGCAGGUCCGACUCACAGAACCUGGACCUGGACUCAGAACCGGACUCUGACUCCGACUCUGAUCCCGGUUCUGGUCUCCGUGUUCCAGGUCCUGGUUACGUCCUGGUGGACCUGGAGGCUCAGGAUGGAGGCAGAGCCAGGGAGGUGAGGCGGAGUCCUCUGGCUCUUACAGAGUACCUGCAGCUGAGCCUGGAGGAGGCCUUCUUCCUGGUCUACAGCCUUGGCGUUCUGUCUGUCUACCAGCAGCAGGAGCCCCUGUCAGUCGUGCAGCUGUGGAGGAAGUUUCGGUUGCUGCGUCCCGACUUUGUCAGCUCCUACGCUGCGUACCAUCACUUCCGCAGCAGGGGAUGGGUCCCUAAGGGAGGAGGCGGGGCCAAAUACGGCGUUGAUCUCAUGCUCUACAGGAAGGGACCACCUUUCUACCAUGCCAGCUACUCGGUGGUGGUGGAGAGGACCGGCGAAUCGUUGGGGGGGGCGGCGGCGCUGCGCCCGUUUUCCUGGCGCUCUCUGGCAGCUCUCAGCAGGAUCACAGCCACUGUCUCCAAGGAGCUGAUGCUGUGUUACAUCAUCUACCCGACUGACCUAUCAGAGGAUGACCUGGAUUCACCUGUGUGCCUGAGCAGAUUAAAGGUUCAGGAAGUGAUCGUCAGCAGGUGGGUUUCCUCCAGAGAGCGAGCAGAGCAGGACGACAUCUGAUUGGCUGACAGCUGAAGCAGUUUAGUGAUGAACUCAUAAAGAGCCGAGCGGCGGCCAAUCAGAAGGAAGACCAGCGUGAACGCGGUCUUUGGUUGGAUUCAGGCGCGUUUCAGAAGAAGAACAUGCAGAGGAAGAUGUUCUUCAUCGUCAUGUUUGUGUUUAACUCCGCCUCCUGGUGAUGACGUCACCGCAAGCCGCCUCCUGAUCUGGCUGAGCUACCUCUGCAGGUGCUCCUGUCUGAUCUUUAGGUCCAUGUCCAGAUGUCUGUUCCCACAGAACCUGUUCAGGAACCCAUUGGGAGGAAAUCCGUGUGUGUUUAUCCUGUUACCAUGGCUACGGCUGUUUUUCUGUCAGAUGGGUGUUAAAGGCUGAAGUUCAUUAAUCAGAUGUUCAACAUCUUACCUCCAUAAAUACAUGAAAACAGUU